AUGUGGAACUCGGAGCGAUCCCAGCCGAAUGGUGGUGGUUCCGGUUCGGCCACCAAAACGCUCGGCAUGACGUCAGCAAUUAGCACGGCUGAGCCAAAACCGGAAGACAUUCAAAAGACAAAGGAGCUGGAAAAAAGUUUAGAACCAUACAAUGUGUUCGAGGCUGAGGAGGAACUUAAUCAUCGAAUGGAAAUAUUGGCUAAGCUAAACACGCUCGUCAAGCAGUGGGUACGCGAUGUGUCCAUUGCGAAGAACAUGCCCGAGGCAAUGGCCGAAAAGCUGGGCGGUAAAAUAUACACGUUCGGUUCGUACCGGCUCGGAGUGCACCAUAAAGGGGCUGAUAUUGAUGCCCUGUGCGUAGCGCCACGCAAUAUAGAGCGGGCCGACUAUUUCGGGUCAUUUUUUGAGCUGUUGAAGCAACAACCCGAAGUCACCGAGUGCAGAGCCGUUGAGGAAGCGUUCGUACCUGUUAUCAAGAUGAACUUUGACGGCAUUGAGAUUGAUCUGCUGUUCGCACGGCUAGCGCUGAAGGAAAUACCCGAUAAUUUUGACUUGCGGGACGAUAUAUUGCUGAAGAACCUUGACCAGAAGUCGGUACGCAGUCUGAACGGAUGUCGGGUGACGGAUGAAAUUCUGCGGCUCGUACCAAAUAUUGACAAUUUUCGAUUAGCACUGCGGACGAUUAAACUUUGGGCUAAGAGACACGGAAUCUAUUCCAACUCUCUUGGUUAUUUCGGCGGUGUCUCUUGGGCAAUGUUGGUGGCCCGAACCUGCCAGCUCUAUCCAAACGCAGUAGCGGCUACGCUUGUGCAUAAGUUUUUCCUCGUAUUCUCGCGAUGGAAGUGGCCCCAACCCGUCCUGCUCAAGCAGCCCGACAACGUAAAUCUCGGCUUUAUGGUUUGGGAUCCGCGAGUAAAUGUGCAGGAUCGGUUUCACCUGAUGCCAAUCAUCACACCAGCAUAUCCGCAGCAAAAUUCAACCUUCAACGUAUCGAGCUCGACGCGCAAGGUGAUGCUCAUGGAGUUCAAUCGUGGCAUGCAAAUCACGGACGAUAUAAUGAUGGGCAAGCAAAUGUGGGAAAAGUUAUUCGAGGCGCCGAGUUUCUUCUACCGGUAUCGUCAUUUUAUCGUGCUGCUAGUUACCUCGAGCAAUGCCGAUGAUCAUCUAGAAUGGUGCGGUCUGGUGGAGUCCAAGAUACGCUAUCUGAUACUAAACCUCGAGCGUAAUCAACACAUCAAUCUAGCACACGUUAAUCCGAAGUGCUACGAACAGCAUGAACAAAAUGCGGCCACCACACUGAGCGGCGCGGAUGGUAAACCGAAUCCAUUCUGUUCGCUAUGGUUCAUUGGGCUGGAGUUUGAACGGUCCGAAAACCUGAACGUCGAUCUUACCGAGAGCAUACAAAAUUUCACCGAUUCCGUACAUAAACAUGCGGUGCACAUUAAGCUGCUAAAGGAUGGUAUGAAGAUCGAGGCCAGACAUGUGCGACGGAAGCAACUGACACAAUACCUUGACCCGAAUCUGUUGAAACGUGAGCGUAAGAUAUCGGACAGCUACACACAGUCCAGCAGUGCGGGCGGUGGAAACUCCAACGGGUCAGCGUCGCCUGCCGAUGCUGCUUCGCGUAAGCGAAAGUCGAGCGAUCUUGCCACUGCCACCAUCAGCAGCCCGAUUGCUGCUUCCUCGAUGGGCAGUAAUGGAAGUGCUAGUAAAAAGCGACGUAACGAUUCCUUCGACGGUACCUCGAAUGGCAGUUUCUGCAGCACAUCGUCGACAACGGUUGGGCAAACUGGCGACACGCAAAACACGGACGCGAACGAUUCAACCACCAUUGCUGAUUCCAAUGCUGCCACCUCCCAGAGCACCACCGCUACACCGUCCGCCAACAUCUCUCCCGCUUCGUCAGCGAAUGGCGGUAGGGACGAAGGCAUCGCUCCUUCCACACCCUCCGAAGAGCAACCGUCUAGUGCGGGAAUGCUCGAUGAAGAGAACGCUUUCGAAGCGUCAACCACCGCCUCGAAUGGCAAUGGCAGCAGUAACAAUGGUAGUGAUAGUACUAGCGGUAACAAUUCGAACACGACACCGGCAGCUACGGCAUCGGCGGAGGUUGCCUGCUCUUGA